AUCGGCUCUGUUUGUAAACAAUUUUAAAAGGGAAACCCUCCGCCGAUUAAUCGGCGAUGUAUCCAAAGCGUACGGCCGUUGGUCCUCCCCUCCGCGUGCUGCCGGAGCGGCUCGCCAUUUCAUCUCCCUCCUCACGCUCUUCCUUCAAUGCCGUGGAUCUGGACUUCGUAGUGCUCCUCGCUCUCGACCUCUCUGCUUGACGAGCCGCUCUCUGAUCUCUCCGCGGAUCCUGCCGGCGCGGGCGACUACUGCCUGCUCUCUCUGCUGUCAUUGUGGCGCUUCCUUCUUCUAGUUUCUCCACUUCUUGAAGCUGCAAGGUGUUUUGGUGGAGAAAAGAGGAGAUCUUGCUGGGUUUCAUUUUCGGAAACAAGUUUGUGUUGACGAUCGCUCCGUCUUCCUGAGCGGAUUCAAUGGAAUUCCUUAAAUCAAUAAGAUUUCCCAUUUUCGGUAAGCUUAGGUGGAGAAAAGAUACGGAUCGCGAGCGUGAUCAGUCGUCGGAGCCCAAGGAAGAUACCUUAGACGCAACGCCGAAGCUCGCUGCUUCUGAUCGCGUUUCCGAAGAGGGCGAGGAUGAGGAUGACGAUGAUUUCAUCACGAAUGAGGUGAAGAGGCGGCUGGAGCAACUGAGGAAGAACAGCUUCUUGGUCCUUAUACCGGAAGAAGAGUUCCUGGAGGGCGAGGAAGAAGAGGAGACUAGCUCGAGCGGAUCGAAGGAGUUGGACAUGGGCGAUGCUUAUCCAAGCUUUGAGUUCGAAAAGAUGUACCACGAGUACACUGAGAGAAUGCUGUUCUUUGACCAGUACAUCACCAAACAUUUCAAAGAGCCUGCAUGGUUGGGUACACCAAGCCAGUCACUAAGACCUACGCCAAAGAAAAUGGUUCUGGGCCUCAGCAACAUCUCUUUAAAGAGGCAAGAUGAACACACCAAGGAGUAUGAGCUGGAGCAACUGGACCAAGAUGAUCCAUGCCAAAAUCUAGAAGUUGCUUAUGUGGCACAAGUUUCUUUAACUUGGGAAGCACUUUAUUGCCAGUAUAUGCAGCUGAACCGGAGGAUUAUAUGGCAGCCUGAGCAUUGCGGCUCCUAUGGCUAUGCUGCGCAAGCAUUCCAGCAAUUCCAGGUAUUAUUGCAGAGAUUUAUUGAGAAUGAGCCUUUUGACCAAGGAUCCAGGGUGGAGAUUUAUGCCCAUAGUCGGGGUUUGCACUCUAAGUUUCUUCAAGUCCCAAAUUUUCUAGAUUUGGAAAAGAAAGAAAAUUUGGAUGAUUAUUGGGACGAGCCAGUUCCUGCUUCUGUACUCAUUAAGAUAAUGGGGGAUUGUAUCUUAACAUUCCUCCAUUUUCUGAAGAUAGAUAAGAAAAAACCCAGUAGUUUCUUCUCAACGCAUAGCGCUCGAGGCUCCCCUCAACAAGUUCAAGCCUCACUUGUAAAGGAUAUGAAAGUGAAGGAACUGUUUAAGAGGAAGAAAGCAUGGAAGAAGAAAGCUUGGCCUUCGACCAUGGAAGAAGUGGAUUUUCUAUUUGCACUAAUCGACAUCAAAGUCGUAUCAAGGGUUCUGAGGAUGGCCCAUCUCAGCAAGGAGCAGCUGUCGUGGUGCGAAGCAAAGAUGAGCAAGCUCGAUCUUUCGAACAGCAAAUUAUGCAGGGAUGGUUUCCCACUCUUAUUCCCAUGUUGAUGCUAAACAUAUCAACUCUUGUUUUUUGCUUCUCUGAAUCUCUAAAGAAGAGUAUCAACGAUUGCUACCUGAUAAUUGUUUUGUACACGUAAGAUGAGCCUCUUAUUCGAUCGUCAAUAUUAUAUAUGAGAUUUUGUUCAUUCCUUUGUACUUGCUGACCACGUAGAAGGUUAGCUCUUGACAGGAAUUAAACUUCAAUUUUUCUUCA